AGUGUAUGAUCAUCCUAGAAUGUUACAAACCUUUGAUAUUCGUGCGUGGGUCAAUGUUUCUCAAGAAUAUGAUAUGACUAUGAAGAGAGAUUAGUUGAUUCGUAUUUUGGAAUCAGCUUCCCCAAAAAAACAUGGAGAUUACGAGAAGAUUACUAAGGAUAAAUUGGAGAAGACACGCAUAAAUGCUUGAUGGGUAAGAAAUAUCUCAUUGUCAUGGAUGACAUAUGGGGCAUUGAAGCCUAGAAUGAUAUCGAAAUUAAGAUCACUCCCUAAGGAAUGCAAUGGCAGUAAAGUGAUGUUCACUAGUCGACUACUUGUUGAACCUGAUAGCAUCCACUGCGUCUGGCAUUGUUUGGCUCUCUUACAAAAAAGUUACAGUUGGGAGUUGUUACAAAAGAAGGUAUUCGGGAAUAAAUGUUGCCCACCGGAGUUGGUUGGCAUUGGUAAGCAUAUAGCAGAAAAAUGUGAAGGACUACCACUCGCGAUUGUCGCAAUAGCUGGCAUUCUGGCAGUGAAAGACAAGACACUCGACGUGUGGGAGAAAGUCUCCAAACAUUUAAGUUCGAUCAUUGCCAAAAACCAAGAUGACUACAUGUAGAUACUAGAACUUAGUUACAAUCACCUGCCUCUUCAUUUGAAAGCGUACAUGUUUUGUUUAUAUUGGAGAAUUCCCCGAAGAUUCUGAAAUCCUUGUACGCUAGUUGAUAUGGUUAUGGAUCGCGGAGGGAUUUAUUCAGUGAAGUUAAUGGGGU